GAAGCGCCACCUAAAGCGCCGUGUCCGCCGGCUGUCGCGUCGAAGAAGGUACCGUGCCUCAGGCACGCGGUCCCUGACUCGAUCGGUCGCGUUACGCGGCUGCCCCGGGCCCCAGGGACGACGAGCCAAGCAGAGUGCCCAGCGCCGGUGGGCUAAUUAUCUCGACGGACGCGCUGGACCACAGCAUUGACGCCAUCGACGCGAGCCGUUGGUGAUCGAAAAAUGGGCCGCAACCGCUACGGCCGGCGCGCCGGCUGGGAGGACCCGGCCGCCGACCGCGAGCGCGAGCUUUUAUUGAGGGACGAUGAUAGAAAAAGACGCGCGCAGGACCGGCAAAAGCGAGCUAUAAGGGAGCGCGACGAGUUCUUGAGCAUGCAGAUCGCCCAGGCCGAGUUUCUGGAAGCCGCGGCGGCGCCGCCCGUGAGACGGCGCUUCCAGGACCCACCACCCACGAAGGCGGUUCCGCGAUUACUACCGCAGAUCGAGACGGUGCAAGGCCCCGAGUACCUCGGGGGCCGGCCGGACUAUAUCAAAAGAAUCGAUGGACGGCGGACGCGCGCGGCGCGGCCCGUCGAUAGGUUUGGAUUGCCGAACCCCGAGUACAUGGAAGGUUUAUUAGCGGGGCCCGCGGACGCGGCGGCUCUAUUGAAGCCGCUGGACUUCCCGGCGCCCGUUCAGAGGUCGCCGGUGCGCUUUGGCGGCGGAGUCCCGGAAAUGCCUGCGGCGCCCUCGCCCACGAACUGGAUUGCGGAAUUGGGCACCGCCGCCGCUACCAGUGAACCGCGGCGGCCGCGCCGCCGGCGGAGAUCGAUAGCCGCGCCGCCGCCGCGCCCGUCGGUGGGAUCCAUCGCGCUCGCACCCGUCGCGGCGCCGCGGCGGAGGAGAAGACGGCCCAGGACGCCCGCGGACUUGAAACAUGUCAAGUAUUUACUAGGAGAGCAGGCCGGCGGCUUCUCGGCCAAGGAUUUGAGACUCGUCUCGGCGUUUAUGCCGAACACUUCCGAGGACGGCGCGACGGCGCGCUCGCCGAUGCCGAAGCGGUCGCCUCCAAAGCGGCGCGACGGCUUCCCGUCGCCCGUCGCCAAGAAGUCGCCGACGGCGUCGCAGAAGCGGGCCGCGAGCUUGGUGGACGACCUCGGGAACGACGGGAAGAUGUCGCGCGAGGAGGCGCGCGAGCUGCGCGAGCUGCUCAACCCGAACGCGCCGGUGGACUCGCCGGGCGCCGCGGAAGCGAAAAAGAGAGCGGCGGCCGAGCGCGCGAUGCGGCUCCAGUUCGUCCAGGGCAUCAAGAAGAAGGGCAUGACGGACUUCGAGGUGAGCAUGAUCCAGGAGAGCCGGAAGGGCGGGCGGAGUCCCGGUAGGAGGCGUUAAGUGACAAC